AUGAGGCUUAUCAGAGAAACCGUCGGGGAAAUAAAGUCACAAAUGCUGUCGCUUACUGAACAUAUAUCAAAAUGCAACCUUCGACUCGACGAGUACGAUAAUAAGCUGGAACAUCACGAAAAAAGAAUAAGUACAUUAGACAAUAUCAUAACUGAACUCAAAGAUCGUAUGAACUCAAACGCACAAGUUCAUCUUCGCAAUGAAGUAGAAAUAAUAGGCAUUCCAGAAACUCCAAACGAAAACCCCGCUCAUACAUUCCGCGUUAUCACUCAAAAAUUAGGUUUUCCUAUUGAAGAAUCUGAUUUGGACUUUACAACCCGGGUGGGCCCCUCGCGCAAUUACUCGCAAAAUCCUACUAAAACUAACUUCUCCCAAUCGUCUCGACCUUUAGUUGUCCGAUUUCUGAGCCGUAAUAAACGAGACGAAUUUCUUAAAAUUGGUAAAAUGAAGCAGCGCUCCAUCAACGCUCUGGACAUAGGACUCGGUGCAACAGAACUUAAAAACAUAAAUCUAUACUUCAAUGAACGUCUAACCCAAGAAAACAGAUAUUUAUUUCGUGCCGCUCGGCAACAAACAAAGGUGCAUGGAUACAAGUACUGCUGGAUUAAAAACGGCGUGGUUUACAUCCGCAAACAAGAAGGGAAUCCUGCAAUUCCUAUCAAAAAACAUGAAGACCUCCACCAAAUACUCAACCCUUUUCAAAACUCGACAAAUCCCUAA